AUGCAUUAUCUUAAGAUUCACAACAGGUCUAACCACUCUCAGACCUUUCAAUGUCAUGGAUACAAUGCUAAUAAGGAUCUAACUAUCAAUGCGAAUGGCCAAGCCAGUAUCGAAGCCGCUGAUGGCACCUCAGGAGCCAUCAUUGCUGUACACGAAGGCAUAAUUGGCGAGCAAUGUGAGAUCACCAAGCAUGGCUACCAGGGCAACGAUGUCAUCGAUAUUAGCAACAUCUGUGGCGCUGGUGGCAACAUGACUUGCCAACAGGUCGGCGAUCCUGCUGGAAAGUAUAAAGGUCUCGAGAACUUCAUGCAAGCUUGCAAUCAGGCUUAUCACAAGCUUCCUCAAGACAAGAAGAACCAACUCAACGGCCACGUCUUCCUCGAUGGCAAGGGAAAUGUUAAGCGUAUCGGUCCACCGAAGGACUAUCAACCUCUAGAGGAGUUCGUAAGAACCUUUGCGAACGGUCGAACGUACAUCGGUGUGGGUGCUUGGGGGCCGAGUGGUGGUAACCCAGCAGACAAUGCACAGAGCAAAGCCGGUAAUGGUAGCAAGGAUAUCUUGAUCAUCUACAGCGACGGAAAUGCUGCACCAGAUCCAUCCAAGCCGUUCACUGGCCAAGAAGCGACGCUUGCAGCUGCCUCAGGAGCAAGUAAUGGGGUAUCAGGCGGCAACAUCAAGAUGAUGGCUGCCGCUGCUCCUGCGCUCGGCCCAGGCAUCCAACUGACCAACAAAUCUCCUCGGAAGAACACGUACUUUUUCUACGAUAACUACUGGAACGGCAAUGGCGAGGCUGGCGCUAAUUUCGACCACCCGCUAAAAAAUGUUGAAGUCGGCCCCAACCAGACUAUUCAUGUGCCGCUUGAACUUGGCUUCAAAGGCCGCGUUCAGCGUGGAGACCAGCAGCCGGCUACCUGGGGCGAGUUUCAGGUCAAGGCAUCCAACGACGGAGGAGCUCAUGGCGAUAUCUCGCUAGAGCAAGGGUGUGAUGGUGCGGCUACUGUCGCCUCGACAGAUGGUUCCAACGUGUCUAACGGGUUUGAAAAAGAUAUUGUCAAAGAUGCACCGGCAGCAGCGGUGGAGAAAAAGCCCAACGGCGAGAAGGCCCUUGCGAGUACCGAGGGUAAUUGGAAAGGACCCGGUAACCAAGCCGCCGUCGACUGGGAGUAUAAGGAGAUUGGUCACGGCAAAGCGUACAUCAAGGGAGGGACCGGGGUUCCCGACGUGGCUAGCAAGAACAACUGUCUUCAUUUUACCUUUUACGUACCUUAG